AUGGGUGUCAUGCAGGGAGCGAAAAGAAGCAGUGUAACAAGUACGAAAAGCAAAACCAAAAACAAACAACUUCGAGCAAAGAGCAAAAAAUGUCGACUUGUAUUCCACAAUACUACGUACUUCAAGGAAAUAAAUCAAACAAUACAUUCUGCUUAUGCAUAUCUUUACCUGUCCCACACCACACGUAACUCUACUGUUCUUCCCAUACGACGUCAGGCCACACACGAACAUGAAAAUAUAGGCACAAGGGUAAAAGAGAAAACAAGACGUUCACCCCACGAAGAACAACCGAAACGUACAGUCUGUAGCACCUCUAGACAAAUACGAAUGGCACCUAUUGAUGCUUAA